AUGGCUUAUGCUGCUCUUUCUUCACUUAUGUAUACUUUAGAACAACUCUUGAAACCUAAUCAAUCUUUCGUUUGUCGAUGCUCUACACAACAACAUCUUCAAUCUCUCUAUCAAAAUCUUUCUGCUCUGCAACUUUUCCUUGACAGUACUACCACAAAGGAUAUUGAAACUCUUAAGUUUAUAGAAAAGAGGAUCAGAGAUGUAAUAUACAAAGCAGAAGAUAAAGUUGAUUCAAGCCUAAGAAGCAUCAUUCUAGCUGAUUGCACAGAGAGUAGAGAAGGGGCUUGUAAAUUCUUCGAGGAAGAAUUGGUAAAAGUGGAAAAAGAUGUUGAUUCUCUCGAGCAAGAGGUGAUGCAGAUUGAGUUUAACAAGCAUGGAAGCAGAUCCGCAGAACUAGCAGCAGCUCCCUCCUCACCAGAAAAAGGUAAAAUUGAGGAAAAUACUAUUGUUGGGAUGGAGGAUGACUUCAACACCAUACUUGAUCGCCUCACUGCCCAAACACACGAGUUAACUGUCAUACCAAUUUUUGGUAUGGGAGGUAUAGGUAAGACAACUCUUGCCAGAAAAGUUUAUGAUGAUUCUUUUAUUAGUUCUCGAUUUGAUAAACAUGCAUGGGUCACUCUCUCCGAAGAAUACAAUGAGAGACAAAUACUUCUUGAACUUGCCUCUUCAAUUACUGUAAGCAAUCAAGAAAUGAGUGAUGAUCAACUAAGGGAGAUUGUGCGCAGAGGUCUGAAGGGUUGGAGAUUUCUAAUUGUCAUAGAUGAUAUUUGGAGUACUGAGGCAUGGGACCAAAUGCAAAGAAUAUUUCCAAAUGAUGACAAUAAAAGCAGAAUUCUAUUAACCACUCGGCUCAAGUAUGUUGCUGAUUAUGUCAAUUGUCCUGAUUUUCCGCCUCAUUGUAAGUCUUUUCUCACUCUAGAUGAUAGUUGGAAUCUAUUUACUGGAAAAUUGUUCAGAAAAGAUGUGUGUCCUCCUCUACUUGUAGAAAUAGGGAAGCAUAUUGUACAACAAUGUCAAGGGUUACCUCUCUCGGUUAUUGUCGUUGCGGGACUUCUUGGAAAAAUGGACCCAACGUAUGAUAAUUGGAAGAAGGUUGAGGAAAAUCUGAGCUCAUUCUUUGGUACGGUGUCCGAACGGUGCCAAUCAAUUCUUUCUCUGAGCUACAAUUACUUACCCCAAUAUUUGAAGGCUUGUUUUCUCUAUGUUGGAGGUUUUCCAGAAGACAGAGAGAUUAAUGUUUCCAAGUUGAUUAAGCUAUGGAUUGCUGAGGAAUUUGUAAGGGGAAGAAGCAAUAAAAGGUUAGAAGUGGUGGCAGAGGAGUAUCUAGAAGAGUUAAUUGAUAGAAGUUUAAUGUUGGCCGGUACACAAGGGGAUAAUGGAAUGAUGAGAACUUGCAAAAUUCACGAUCUUCUUCGCCAACUAUGCCUAAGAGAAGCUCAUACUGAAAAUGUUGUGCAUGUCAUGAAUGCAAAUGUUUCCAUCUCCUUAGAAGCCAUAGAUGAUCAACGGCGACUGAUCGUUCAGUUUGAUCUUGAAGAGAAGCAAUUUUAUCCUACAAGGCAUAGCAGUGGUAUUACAAGUAUAACCCGCACCUUUAUUUCAAGGCAAACAUAUUUUCGAAAAAGGAAUUUAUCCAUUGUUUCACAGUUGAAGUUGCUUAAGGUGUUGGAUGUAUUUUCAAUUGAAUACGAUUUCUCUUGUGUAAUACCUCAACUUGUACAUUUGAGAUAUGUUGCUGCAAAAAUUGAGGAAACUCUUUCACUAGCCAAACUGAGAAAUCUACAGACCAUAAUUUUUGAAAGUUUUCUAGGGACAAAGUUGAAGCACCCCGUAGAUAUCUGGACAACAACGGAGAUUAGACAUGUGGAUAUUAGAUCACCACUCUAUAUAUCCAAUCCUGUUGAGGCAGAAAAUAAUAGUAGUGGAGAACAUCCUCUGUUUCUCAAUAACUUGCAAACACUAACUCUUCACUUAUCUCCUUUUGCUGUGGAAAUCAUAAGACGAACUCCCAAUCUAAAAGAACUAAGGAUUUUACAUGAAGCUAAGCAUUCUGAUGGGCUUGCUAUUCUUGAUUCUCUCAGCCUUCUUGAGAAACUGGAGAAACUACACCUAGAAGCACAACAAACCGUUAACCCGAUCAUGAUUUUCUCAGGGGAUAUUUUCCUUCCGAAUCUCAAGGAGUUGACAUUAUCAUCUACUUAUAUACCAUGGGAAGCUAUGAAUUUACUGGCUAAUUUACCCAAUCUUGAGGUGCUCGAUUAUUCUGCAUUCGAUGGAACAGAUUGGAGACUAAAUGAAGAUGUUGUGUUUCGCAAAUUAAAACUUCUAUUACUGCAUAGGUGUAGAGAUCUGCAAAAGUGGGAAGCUGGUAGUGAUAAUUUUCCAAUGCUUGAGAAACUAAUGAUGUUUUGGUUGGAUAAACUGGAGAAGAUUCCGGAGAGUAUUGGAGAUAUAAUGACACUAAAACUGAUCCAAAUAGAAUAUUGCAGCUUUGGUGUAGAGACAAGUGCAGAGAAAAUUAAACAAGAGCAACAAAGCUUGGGAAAUUAUGAGCUUCAAGUUCAAAUUACUCCUAUGCUCUCUCACGUCUGGCAACAGCAACAGCAGGACCAGCAAGUCCGGCAACUCCAGCAAACGCUACUUCAGUCGGAGCGAGCAUUAAUAGCGGCUGAGUGUUUUAUUCGACAUUCUGAUAAAUGGUCUUAA